GCUUCUUAUUCGCGACCUAUUAUCGAAAUACGCAGAUACUCAAGACACAGUCAUCGACAUCCUACGUUCAGUUCGCUACCUGAGCUUCAGCAAUGCUCCGCUCACUCCUCUCGCGCGGUGGCCUCAUCCGCAACGACAGCUAUAUCUUUCCCACUGUCGAUCCCAACGAAGACGGUCCAGACUGCAAAAAAGACUGCGCCGACUGCACGGUGCAAUUUCCCUCCAAAGUGAAGGUUGAAACCUCCAGGCCGCUGUACGGUCACAUCAAGGAAUUCCACACCCAUGUCCUGGUCGCAACAGGCAAGUCGGAUUGGACCGAAAAGGUCGAGAAUGAGAAGGGGUCUCUGAUGGAAGCGUUUGAUGAGUCGUCUCACAAGUCGCAGCAUGGCCGCGUUAUGGUCUCCGCCUCGAAUCUCGAAUCCCCAGACACCGACGAGAAGUCCGAAGGAGCCACAAUUCUGCUGCUACCAUCAUUCACCUUCAUCGACUCCGUCCAACGAAGCGACAUCAACGAUGUCAUUACUCGCUUCAUCGACGCUCCCUUGUCCCAGAACGGCAUCCCCGCCAACCCUGAGUCCAAACUCUCCCCCCGACCCUGCCAGUACGAUUACAUGGUGCUGCUGUGUUCUCACCGACGACGGGACGCCCGCUGCGGAAUCACGGCCCCAUUGAUCAAGAAAGAGCUGGAGCGACACCUGCGCCCUCUCGGGCUAUACCGCGAUGCCAACGACGAGCGCCCCGGUGGCGUGGGGAUCUUCUUUGUAUCACAUGUGGGCGGACACAAGUUCUCCGCGAAUGUCCUGAUCUAUCGCAAAGAGCAGGAGCAGAUGAUCUGGCUGGCUAGGAUCAAACCAGAGCAUUGUGAGGGAGUCGUCAAAUACACCCUCUUGCAGGGGAAAGUGGUACACCCCGAGUCGCAGCUGCGAGGAGGAUUCGAUAGAAGUCGGGGCGUGACGAGUUGGUGAUACACGGCGAAAAUU